GUUCGUCCCUGCCUUGGCCUGAUAUAGAAAUAAUGCUUACUAAGAAUUACGGUACGGUACUGGUCUGUACCCAAAGGUACCGGUAACUUACGGGCUGAGCUGGAGAGCGGAACCUCCGUAGUGCAUCCCGACUUACUGACGACUGCCUGCCCGCCUCCCCUCCUCCUCCGUCAUUCCUCUUUCUCCUAUUCCUUUAAUUCCCCAGGGGUUCCUGCUGGUACUCUGCGAACUACCCUAUAUUGGUCCAAUUACUCUCCCUUCUGCAGCUCCUAGUCUCUCGAAUUCUCUCACUUGCGAAGAUAGGGGAAGUGUGUGCGUGUGCGCUCCAGCUCAUCCGUCAUGGCGUCCCAAACCCCGGCCGUUGUCAUGGACAACGGAACUGGUUAUUCCAAGCUCGGUGAGCCUUAGUUGACGCCCCCCGACGCUCGUUCCAACUCGACCGAACCGCUUUAGGCUGACAACCCAACCCCAGGUUUCGCCGGUAACGACUCGCCCUCGUUCGUCUUCCCCACGGCAAUUGCUAGCAAGGGUGGCCCCGGUAGCUCCGGAGGCGCGACCAGACCGGCUGUCGCAAACAAACCAUCGUUCUUGGCCGGAGGUGGUGGAGCCGGCUCACACCUGUCCUCAAAGCGUGGCACGGAAGACCUGGAUUUCUUCAUCGGUGACGAAGCUCUGGCUGCCGCCAAUGGGCCUGGCUAUGGCAUCAACUACCCCAUCCGACACGGUCAGAUCGAGAACUGGGAUGCGAUGGAACGGUUCUGGUCGAACUCGAUCUUCAAGUACUUGCGCGUCGAGCCCGAGGAUCACUACUUCCUUCUCACCGAACCGCCCCUUAACCCCCCCGAGAACCGUGAGAACACUGCGGAAAUCAUGUUCGAGUCAUUCAACUGCGCCGGUCUCUACAUUGCCGUCCAAGCUGUGCUUGCGCUCGCCGCCUCGUGGACCUCCUCCAAGGUGACCGACCGGUCGCUCACCGGAACCGUCAUCGAUUCCGGUGACGGUGUCACCCACGUUAUUCCCGUCGCCGAAGGCUACGUCAUCGGGUCUUCCAUCAAGAGUAUACCGAUUGCCGGUCGAGACAUCACCUAUUUCGUACAGAGCCUGCUGCGUGACCGAGGCGAGCCCGACAGUAGUUUGAAGACGGCCGAGAAGGUUAAGGAGGAAUACUGCUACGUCUCCCCUGACAUCGUCAAGGAAUUCGCCCGGUACGACCGCGAGCCGGACCGUCUCCUCAAGCACACCGUGACCUCGCCCAACGGCCGCAGCGUGAGCAUCGACGUCGGCUACGAGCGUUUCCUGGCCCCCGAGAUCUUCUUUAACCCCGAAAUCUACUCCUCCGACUUCCUGACCCCCCUGCCAACCGUUGUCGACGGCGUCAUCCAGUCCUCCCCCAUCGACGUUCGGAGAGGUCUGUAUAAGAACAUCGUCCUGUCCGGAGGAUCCACGCUAUACAAGGACUUCGGCCGACGCUUACAGCGUGAUAUCCGGCACCUGGUGGACGCGCGCAUCCGGGCCUCGGAGGCACGCAGCGGAGGAGCGCGAAGCGGUGGCUUGGACGUGGCCGUCGUGACGCACAAGAGACAGAGACACGGUCCGUGGUUCGGAGGAAGCUUGCUGGGCCAGACGCCCGAAUUCCGAAGCUACUGCCACACCAAGGCCGAAUACGACGAGAUAGGCCCCAGCAUUGUCCGGCGAUUCGCUCUCCUUGGUGGCCCGGGCAGUUCGUAA